AUGCUGCUUCACGGUGGUGGCUGGAGACCGAUGACUGCUGGCAUGGCCUCCUUUGAUGAGUUCACACAUGAUGACAAUAGCGGCAGAGAAUUUGAGACCUUUGUUAAAGUAGUCAGUUCUGGGAUUCUGAUUGUUGGCUCCACCCUAGGCUUUUUGUAUUGGUCAUCUUUCUCUUCUCAUGAUACCAGUUCUGUUGGGCCAUCUGGUGAUUCUGCCAAUAAGGAUCAGCUCCAACAGAAGCCUCGGAACAAACCCUCCAAGUUUCUCUUUAAUGGUGCCCUCAUAUUCAUCAAUGAUUUACAUAACUUUAGAAGGAGAGUAUUCUUUAAUUAUGAAAAACGCAUUCGCUUGCAGAGUCCCCCUGAAAAGGUUUUCGAGUACUUUGCAUCUGUUCAAACUCCUAGUGGUGAGGUUUUUAUGACACCUGCAGAUUUGAUGCGUGCCAUCGUUCCUGUCUUUCCUCCUUCUGAAUCAAACCGUGUUAGAGAGGGUUUUCUAUUAGGGGAGCAGAGUGAGUAUUUGCUUGAAACAUCUGUCAUAACCACUUCUGAGGAAAUAGACAAGCAAGAAUUCAAGAAAGUGAUGGCCUUGAUGCGAUCACAAAACAGACAAGGGGCUACUCACAGAAAUGGACGACGCCUUGGCAUUAAAACUUCUGUAGAAAAUGGGGGUCUCUUGGAGUAUUUUUUCGGCGAACAUGGAACUUCAUGCUUACAACAUGAAAGAUUUGUUCAAUUCUUAAGAGAGCUGCAUGAGGAGAUAUUGAGGUUAGAGUUUUCCCAUUAUGACUACAAAAAGAAAGGAACCAUUUCAGCCAAAGAUUUUGCCCUGUCCUUGGUGGCAUCUGCAGACGUCAAUCACAUAAGGAAACUGUUGGAUAGGGUCGAAGAAUUAAACAAGGACCAGCAGCUAAGAGACUCAAGACUUACAUAUAAGGAGUUUCAAAGUUUUGCAGAAUUGCGGAAGAAGUUGCAACCCUUCUCUCUGGCCAUAUUCAGUUAUGGAAAAGUUAAUGGGGUGUUGACAAAAACUGAUUUUCAGAGAGCGGCAUCUCAAGUUUGUGGUGUCGAUCUUACAGAUAAAGUGGUUGACAUAAUUUUUCAUCUGUUUGAUGCUAACCGUGACGGAAACUUAAGCGUGGGCGAGUUUGUUAGAGUUGUAGAAAGAGGGGAAGGCAGUUCAUCAGUGAGUUCAACCACAGCAUCAUUUAGGGAAUCUGGCAGAAGAUUCAUUGUCGUAGAAAUGGAGAUUUGCUCAUUGUCACACCAUGGCUGA